GCAACCACUACUACCCUUCCAAACCUGCCAUAUAUAAAUUAUAACACAUGGAGGAAGGUGUCAAAAGUUGAAGAAAAGAGGAAACAAAACGUGAUGCUAAAACAUUCCCUCAGUUACUUGGAAGAGUACUGACCACUGAUAUCCUUCUGCUUUAUCAGAAAGAUGCAAGGGGAAAAGAGUAAUGAGUGUCACAAAAACAGAAGGGUAGGGCAGCUACAGAGAAGAGGGUCUGUUUUCAGCCAAUGGUGUUGCAGGAGAGCAGCUCUGACAGUGACACGGGGCUCGAUUUCCCCGCCCAGGGUGUAAAACAGUCUGGUUCUCCGUGACAGCUCAGACAAUAUGCUUGUGAGACACAGAACAGGAGUAAAUCCCCAAGAGUUUUCACACACACUUAGGACUGUGAUGGUCCACUGAAAACUGACCCUCUGGACAGGCUUAUUUUUCUGUGUGGACACUGACCUGAACCACUUAACAAACAUGAGCAAACUUGCCAAAGCUCUGUAUGACAACACCGCAGAGUGUGCUGAUGAACUGGCCUUCAGAAAAGGAGACAUUGUCACAGUGAUAAAUCAAAAUGUGGCUGGUACCAGUGGAUGGUGGCUGUGCUCUCUGUAUGGACAACAAGGACUCGCCCCUGCAAACAGACUUCAGCUCUUACCUCACACUGGAACCACUGCACACUGCUUAAGCCAUGUAACAGAAAACUUCAAAUUAACUGAUACUAAACCUGAUGAUGAUAUGGAAAAUAUCUACCAAAUCCCAAGUGUGCCUCGACUCUCCAGCAGUCCAGCUUAUGAACGCAUGGACAUGAUAUACAAGGUCCCAUCCACUCCUUUAUCAGCUUCAAUAAGUCCAGUAACAUCAGCACUUAAGCACAGCACAGAAGGACCUGAAGGAAACAAGCCUUCUUUCUUCAGCACAGUAUCCAGUCCAAGAGGGGAGGUUUACGAUGUCCCGAGCCCAGCAAGACGAGGAUCUGCUUACAUUGAAUCAACAACUCCAAGAAUUAUGUCACGAAAAUAUUCACUGAUUCCAAUUUCGAAGCUGGAGAAGACAUUUGACUCUCCAGAGAGUUUAAGUUGUAGCAGUCCAAGAGACUCUUAUAUCUAUGCAGUACCACCACCCUUGACUCAGGACCCCAGCUAUGACAUCCCUGUUCCCUCUGCCACAGAAGCCCAACAGAAAAUGAUCAGUGGAUACAGCACCCUUCCCAACCUCCAUAAGCCUGAGUGGAUCUAUAAUGUGCCAGUGAGUCCUGAGAGACAAAGUUCACCCCAAGGCUCCCAUGACACCAUUCCCUCCAAAACAAUUUGCAGGCAGCUCUAUGACACUCUUCCAGCACGUGCUUGGCCCAGUCAAAGAGGCUGUCCUACUUCAUCAUUUUAUGAUGUACCAAAACCCAUUUCUCUUGACAUCCAAAGUCUGCCCAAAGACCUGCCAAUGGCCCCAAUUAAUGACAAGCCCCCAGCUCAGACACUUACAGAGGAGUCAAUAUAUGAUGUUCCAUCCCAAGAGGAACCCCUCAACCGGGCUCUCGGUGAUCCCCCCGGUGAUCAUAUACCCCUAGAGUGCAGGGGUGACUCAAGUGAUGCCCAUGAACUCAAAGGGGUGUGCCUGCACCAAAUGAGGAACUUUCUGGUCCGUACUUCUUUUCAUGAUCUUCCAGGAACUGCUGAGUUUUUAUUGCAGGAGGACAAAGGUAGAGGUAGAAUCCAACAUUGUACAGCAGCAGGUAGUCUAAGAAUCAGCACAGCCUCCAGCUCUUCCACUAGCUCUUGUGAUUCUCUGGCUCUGAGUUCAUCCUCUCCGGAGCCACUACGAGAGGUGACACUCAGCCAGGAUGAGGCAUGCCGCAAACUUCUGGACCUACAGGAGUCCAUUUGCAGGGCUGUGCCCCAGCUCAUGAAAUUUGUCAGUAGUAACUGGAGAAGCAAAGAACAUCUGAAGAAACACCUCAAUGAGAUCAAAGUAGCAGCAGAUGGGAUUGCAUUUUCUCUGACAUGCUUCCUAAACUUUGCUUUGGACAUUAAAGGUAAUGCCCAUCGUUUGACAGACACCAACCUUCAGACAAGGCUCUAUAAACAGCUGUCCAUUAUAGAGAAUUCAAGUGUGAUCCUACAGCAAACAGUGAGUGCUCUGAACACAGCCUGCUGGCCCCUCAGCAUACUAUGCCAGGAACCGGGGCAGGUCCACACACCUGAUCAACUGGAGCGCUUUGUUAUGGUGGCACGCACUGUUCCAGACGAUAUCAAGCGCCUGGUGUCCAUCAUCAAUGCCAAUGGCAAACUUCUGUUCAGAGCUCCUCAAAAAGAUCCAGACCCUAUCAACACCACAAGUCAGCCAGAGACAAAGAAAAGUCCUAACAGGAGCAAACAGGGAGGGGACUUAGUGGAGGAUGAAAAUGAUUAUGUAGAGCUACAGACUAAGGAUGAAAUUGAAACGCAGCAAAAGGAAGUGCAAAGAGAACCAAAAGAAAAUGUCACACUAGUCUCUAACAAGGCACAUGAUGAUAACAAGCAUCAUUCCUCUGAGUCGAGCCGUGGUACAGAAAAACAUCGACCACCCUCCAUGUCAGAGCACUGCCGGCUUUACUUUGGUGCUCUCCAGAAGGCCCUCAGGGGAUUUGUGGGCAGCCUUCAAGAUGGCCAGCCACCAGAGAAAUUCAUCUCGCAAAGCAAGUUGGUGAUCAUGGUGGGCCAGAAACUGUUGGACACCCUGUGCAGGGAGGCCCAGCGUGGAGAAUCUAACCAUAGCCUCCUGUGUAAGAGCAGCCAACUGUGUGCUCUCUUGAAGCAGCUGGCUGUGGCCACCAAGAAAGCGGCGCUGCACUUCCCUGAUAAGCAAGCUCUGCAUGAGGCUCAAGAGUUUGCAAAGGAACUGGCCCAAGGGGCACAGCACUUUCGGACAUCGCUUGACCUCUAAGAGCACAAAUUUGGUUGCACAGCCAGAAGACAUUUUUUCAUUCAUCAGUCAUAUAGCUAUGUCUUUAUUAAGUCAUUUCAUAUUCAACUGCUUUGACACCUAUAGCCAAAUAGUUCAAUGUUGUUAUAAUAAUGAAUGCAGAUGUUGGUUAAAACAAUCAUGUCAUUAGUAAAAGUUGCUGGAAUGAAAAGAGAAUUUCAAAUAUG